AUGUAUAAAAAUUAUAGGGACAAUCAAAGUGAAAUCCAGUCAUCAAAUGGAUUUACAUAUAUGUUUCAUCAGUAUUGGGUGGACGAGACGGACAGACGGCUGCGAAACUAUUACUUGAUAAGUGGGGGUCCGGCGAUGUUUGUCACAAUUAUGGUCAUAUGGUUGGCGUUUGUGAUGAAAUUAGGGCCUAAUAUAAUGGCCCACCGAAAGCCGUUGGCGUUAAACAGAGUAUUAAUGAUACAUAAUUUUAUACUAGUAUUGAUCAACGGGUACUUCAUAUACGCGGCACUCAAUUGGUUAACCUUCGGGCGCAAAUCGUUAGACCCGAAACUGCCCGACCGUAACGACUGGUCCGAUGGGACUUUGUAUGAGUUAAACCAAAAAGUAUUUUAUUUUUACACAAAACUCAUUGAUUUAUUCGAUACCGUAUUUUUUGUGUUGAGAAAAAAGUCAAAUCAAAUAUCAUUUUUGCAUAUUUACCAUCACUUUAUGGUACCAGUAUUAGGCUUUUUGACGGCCAAACUGUGUCCACAAACCGUUGUUAUCGAAGUGUUUUGUUUACUGAAUUCAAUCAUUCAUACACUUAUGUAUAGCUAUUACCUGUUGUCGGCAUUUGGACCUCAAAUACAGCCCUAUUUAUGGUGGAAGAGAUACUUAACUCGUUUACAGUUAAUACAGUUUGCGAUACUUAUAGUGUACGCCAUAUAUUGUGUGCUAUUUGGAGAUUUAUCUGAAUACCCGAAACCAUUGAAAUACUUGGCAAUUAUUCAGCCCUUUAUAUUCUUUUACAUUAGAAAAAGAAAAUCCAUAUAA